AUGGGUGAGGUAGAGGAUGUUGAAGAAGAAGAUGAAACACAAGGCAUGGCUGAAGCUGAAGCAACACAACCAGGGAAUACAGAAUCCCAGCAAGAUGAAGCUUCACCGUCAAAGAAGCUUCAGCCGCCGCCAUCGAUUGUCACUGGGGAACAACCGCCGUGCCUCUGGUCGCCGAAAUCACGGACUGGAGAGAAGGGGGCUGCCUCUCCUAUUGCUGCUGUUUCGUUCUUUUAUCAUCUAUACUGCAGCUGUAUCAGCAAAAAACUGGAAAUGGAUUUUGGCAGAGGAUCUCAGCUGACUCCUGUUUUACAUCUUGGAGCUGGAGCAUGUGCUGGAAUAAUUGCCAUGUCCGCAACUUAUCCAAUGGAUAUGGUUCGAGGCAAGAUAACUGUACAGACAGAGAAGUCUCCUUACCAGUACAGAGGGAUGUUCCAUGCUUUGACAACUGUGCUUAGGGAAGAAGGCCCACGUGCUUUAUAUAAGGGUUGGCUUCCUUCAGUCAUUGGAGUUGUGAAUAAUCUUUUCAUUUUUACUUAUUUACAAAGUUCCAUUGUAGGUCUAAACUUUGCUAUUUAUGAGUCUUUGAAAGAUUGGUUAGUUAAAUCCAAUCCAUUUGGUCUAGUGCAAGAUUCUGAGUUGAGUGUGACAACUCGCCUGGCAUGUGGUGUUGCACCUGAAACUAUUGGGCAAACUGUUGCUUAUCCCCUUUGA